UCGAGAUUUAGGUCCGACACGUGGGUUCACAUGACCAGCCACAGCAUGGCGAAGCUGCGAAGCUGCACAGAUGAACGGCACAGCACUGACACAACCCACCAGGACUGCGUAGGUAGGAAGGACUGCGACCCAACAGGUCUCUUCCCAGGCCAUGACCACCAUGGCUGAGCAGUGGAUGCCAAUUCCAGGCAACAUGAGUGCGACGACGCGAUGUGUUCCCGGCAGCACUGGCCCCAUGUACAGCCCAGAGGACUUGGUCGCUGCCGUCGGUGCACGCUUGGCGGUGGAUGGCCUGGACGCCUCCCGAUGGAGUGUUGAAGAGGAGAAGGUGCUAGUCCCGGCACAGAUGCCGGUCAAAGAUGGCGCUGCACCUAUUCUCUUCAGUCCGGAGAUGUUCAAAGGCCAAUGGCUGGAUUCUUUAGGAAAUCAGGUCUUCGUGUGCUUCGAAGAUGAACAGGCAACCACAUUGGUGGCCCAUUUGACCCGGCCGCCGCGGAGGGACCUGAAGCUCUUCAUGUGGCCGGUGCCUCGUGGUGGAGGUUGGCAGUGCGGCAAUGCAGUGCUCGACCCCAGCUCUGCUUGGCCGAAGCUGUGCUGGGUCACAGAGGAUGGCCGCGUCUCCACUUGGGUCCGAACAGAUGGUACCGAUUACAAGGAGGAGGCUCAGGAUGAGGAGCGCACUGUGGAUGGCCAAGGGCCAUUCUUCUGUGCCACCCCGGAAUCCUGGGAUUGAAGGCCCUGAAGGCCACCUUCGGCCCUUCGGCGGCGAGGGUAGCGAUGUAAAAGGCCAGCGGCCGCCUGGCUUUGAGGCAAGUGAGGUGGAUGAGGCGCAGAGC